UAGAGAACAACACAGAGAGACAGAGAGACAGAGGUGUCUCGUCCACACUGAGGUUCAGUCCAAAAACGUCCAGAAGUUUUCUGUUAGCUGACUGUCCUCCUCCAACAUGCUCCGCCUCCUGCUCUACCUGGCUGCACUCAGUCAGCUCACAGGUGGACAACAACAACAAAUUUCCACCUGCACUGUGACUGGCCCAGCUGUCAUUGAUUUCAGCAGCAAUGUUGGUGCUGUCGGAGAUCACUGCGCAUUCACUCUGGUGUCAGGUGCGGGCCUCCAGGUGAUUGGUGCCUUCAAGGAACGCCGCCGUCAAGACGUUAGUUUCUUGGACCAUGUGAUCCUGCAAGUGGACGGGGCGAGUGAUAACGUUCAGCUGAAUCAGGGUGGUAAAGUGCAAGCGGGCGACACAACGCUGAGCCUGAGCAGCACACCUCAGACUGAGAACAGCGUGGAGCUCUCAAAGGAUGAAAACACAGUCACUGCCAAAGUGACGCUCUCCACCCACACCAUCACUGUCAUCUUCGACGGCACCACCGCACACAUCCACAUGAUAGGAUCGCCCACCCAGACCCAGACGGGUUUAUGUGUGGACUCCAGCAGCUCUCAGGAUGAACUGAAGGACGAUGACUUAAGCUCCGACAGCUGUGGGAAGCAGUCCACUGAAUCUAACAAAAACGGGAUCGAGUGCUCCAAGAUGACUCAACACUGUGAGCUCCUAAAGGCGGCGCCGUUCACCUCCUGUUCCAUCGGCCCUGAUCCCUACUUCACCGCCUGCAAGGAUACGCUAUGUAAUUACCCGGCGGUGGACGGUCUUGGUUGUCAGUUCCUGGAGGCGUACGUCGGAGUCUGCAGACUGCAGAAUGAUGCCACACUGGACGACUGGAGGUCACAGACCGGCUGCUCACUCUCUCAGAGCUCCUGUCAGAACACCUGUGGCGGUCAUGAAUUCUGUGGUGAAGACAUCAGUGGUAACCCCGCCUGCCUCUGUCGGGGUCACUUUGCCUCCAAAUACAGACAGGCAGAUUCUCUGGGUGACGCGACGGUGUGUGGGGACAACAUGGCUUCAGUUUCUCUAGCUGCUUGUCUCCUGGCAGAAAAAGGCAUCCACCACUCUGACUUACAUCUCAACGAGCAAAGCUGUGGAGGGGUGUUUGAUGAAGACAGUGGUAUGGUGACCUUCACCUUCAAGUCCAGCAAGUCCUGUGGAAGUUUGAUCACGGCCAAAGAAAACAAAAUCUUCUACGAAAACACCAUCACGACCGACAGCUCCACUGGUCCGAUCUCUCGCCAAAACCCAGUAGAAGUCAGUUUCUCCUGCUUCUACAACCAGCCGGAGGACCAGAGCAUGGCCUUCACAAUAAAAGGAAGCGAUGGUUUAAAGCAGAUUGUAGCUGGAUCUUGGAGUUACGGUGUGAAAAUGGGCAUGUUCUCCGACCUCGCCUGCACUCAACCCGUCGACUUUUCAAAUGGGUUAACGACGGACAUGAUCAUCUACAUGAGCCUGGACAGUGAUGGGCUGGAUCCCUCCAUCAUCACCCUGGUGAUCAAGGACUGCUGGGCAACUGACACGGCGGAUGGCAACGGUCAGAGAUACAACCUCAUCGAAAAUGGCUGUGGGAACCCGGACGACAACACAGUGAGUGUGGUGCCGAACUCAAAGGGAGGGACCGUCAUAGCAUUCCAGAUGUUCCAGUUUAAGGGGAACAACGACGGCAUAAACUUGAACUUCAACAUGAAGCUGUGUCUGAAGAGCAACAAAAGCUGCAUGCCGAGUUGCCUGAGCAAACGCCGCAGACGGAGAGCUGGACGGCGUCUGUUUGAAGACAAGAAACCAGCCCAAGUCUCCAUGUCCUGGACUUAGGUUGUUUCCAUCUUGGAGUGACUGACCCGCCGUCGACCUUCAGAAUGAUUCGCCCCAUAUCUACAGUCUCUUCAUGUGAGCUCCAUUAUCACUGGUGUGAAGUUGUGAUAAAACAACCACGAUUGAUUCAGUCCAGUUUAUGACAUCUGAAGCUGUGUCUCCUGAGGUGGGAGGAAACAUUCAGGUCCUGUCUGUACGCAUCCAGAUAUUUUUAGAAAAGGAUAUUUUUCCCCUCCAUUUAAAAAAAAAAACAAACUCCGUCCACACAACCUGGUUUUACAGAAUAUCUCCAUCUACACUAGAACACUGAAACGACUCCAAACACUCACAUGUGCAGUGUUCACACAGACAGUGUUGCUGCUGCUGCUGUAACUUCUGUAUUUCCACAACUGGAUGCCAGUACUCCAGAAAUGUACGGAGCUGUGCAGCCGCUGAAUUAUCAACAACAUGGUCCUGAUAAUAUUUCACAAUAAAAGCCUCGUGUUAAAUAAUGAAGCGAUUCUGUCCACAGAAAAGUCAUCGUGGACUUUUAUUUUGAAACUGAAACAGGAAGUGUUGAGUAAAAAAAAAAAAAAAUCAUGUUUGUGAAAGAUAUGAUAAUAUGAUCAUCAAAAUACUAUUUUCACUUCCUAUAUUUUGCAGAAAAUGCAAAACAGGUGAGACUGCUUAUCCCUCCAUGUUCCGCAGCUGAGCCGACCUGUGGUCCGGCCGAUAGCUGUCUGUCUGUGAAGUGAACAGACUAACGUUAACACCUCCUGGAGAUCUCAUCACCGCUGAUUCCCAUUCAGUUUAAAACAUACAAGUCAUGCUCUGGACAUGUGAGAGUUUUCCUCCAACAACAAUCCCACUCUGGAAAAUGUCCCACCAUCUGCUAGUUCCACCGGUCCUGAUCCAGAACCGUCGUAUCCAGUAGACUUUAAACUGCUGACACUGAGGUGGAGCAGAAACACUGAACACAGCAGACGCCUCUGGUCAUCUGUGAAGUGGUGAGUUUAAAGGGGAACUAAUGUUGUUUUCAACCUGGGCCCUAUGUUCAGAUCUACUUCUACUUAUGUCCUAUCACUCAUUUAGACAAAAGGAGAUCAGAAAAUAGGGCCCAGGUUGAAAAAAACAUUAGUUCCCCUUUAAGUGUGAAGUCGUCAUCAGGCCGAGCAGUGCGAACAAAACAUCAGCAAACCAGCAGUCCUCUAUUGUUGUUGUUGUUGUUUCCAGCACAAAGCAUCAAUAGGCAUGUGUGAUUUGAGAAGAUGACAUCAUAGUUUUCCAAACACUCCGUUUGUUCGUCCUCACAGAUAAACAGAGUUUUGAUAAAUCUCUGUUUCAGUGACCUGAAAAUUGCGUGUGGACGAGAGGCCCGAACAUGGAGGCAAAUAUCUGGAAACGUACAGACGGGGCCUCGGUCUGAUAUCAGCAUCACAGAUACUGAGCUCCUGAAGGAACUGAAUCUAUAAUCAAUACUAUCAAUCAACUAAACAUGGUGAAGGUUUGAUUUCAUAUGUAUCUGCACUAACAACUCUUCCUGUGACCUGUGGGUUUAUGUCAGAGCUGAUUUAUUCAGUCUGGAGGACGAACUCAAGUUAAAACAUGUUAACAGAUGAAGCAGCAACACGUCAGCUGAUCCUCGGCAGCGACUGUCUGACCUCAUCAAGUGUCAUCACUGUCAAUGCAGCCUGAACUUGUUUCAGCUCUGACGUCACAUUUGGUUGAAUUUAGGUUGUGAAGUCAAAGUCAGGUCAACAUCUAAUGUAGUGAUGCUCAACUAGCUGCCCGUGGACCAAAUCUAGGGUCCCAUUUAUAAACACUGCGUACGCACAAACGAGGCCUGAAAGAAGUGCACGCCACUUCCCACACAAACGCUGUGAUCUGUAAAAACAGACUUGAUGGGAGAAACUUUGACCCGUGCUGACAAACAUAAGGGAGACAAGAAACUGGCAACACAGAUGGUGAGGUGGAGCCUGAUUGACUGUACGUACAUUAUAAGUACGGAUCCAAUGCAUUGUUUUAUAAUGAAGCAGGGUGCUGCGUGGCACAAUGAAAAUAAGUUAAUUCAUGAUGGGAGUUUUUUUUUCCUUUUUUAAUGUAAAUGAGGAGCCAGGGGAGGAUCCGUCUGACCCCCGACACAGGUCCUGGUGGAGCCCCGAAUGUCCUCAAACCUAAGAAACACCCCUGUGGACACCUCUGACCUGUGCAAGGUGUUUGUGACCGUCCGCUGGCCUCCUAUCAUUUUACAAAUGUUGAGUAUCCCGGGUCAAACGCCAACAUCGAUGUUUUGUUGGUCUGAAGUUGUGUUAAGUUACCAGACUCCAACGUCGUCCAAACGUCUCCUGCCAGCGUCAUCUUCACAUCGGAGUACGUCAUUUAAUAAUGAGGUAAAGACAAAAAAACAACAACAUGUCAACAAAAACAUCAUAAUAAUCUUAACCCCAUUUUCAUUCCAACCAAAUUUAACAGCUGUCCGACAGAAGAGUCCGGCGUCUUUCUGACGUCAUGUUGUGCCAGCUGGGUUCUUAUGUUUCAGCCUCUGUCAGCUCCACAGUUUUGUUCUUUUACUGUUGUUUCAUUUUCAUUUCCUGCGUUUGUGUUGUUGUUAUUGUUGUUGUUGUUGAUCAGCAGCCGGCAGCUCUUUAUAAGAGACGUCACCGCAGAGAAACAUCAUCCAUCAGCUGUGACUGAAGAGUCUGUCUCACUGACACUCAGAGACACUGUUGUUGUCUUCAUGUUGUCUCAUUGUUUGUUUAAGCAUCAACAAAAAAAAAUAAAAAUAAAAACAGGAAUGUGGGUAAAAGACAAA